CCCGACAAAAGCAUCAAUCAAUAACGCCGCUGUCAGCAAGUGCCGGCAGAAUAGGUUUGGCCUUCAGAGGAGUGUCUGUUGCCCGCAGAUCAUGACAAAGAAGCCUGGCAUGUUAAAGCAGCAGGGCACAGUGACGCAGUCCGAGAGACAGGCAGCGACGGUAUACGAUGGUGAAGAGAACCCGACCAAAAGCAGCCGGAAGACGAACGUCUGCGAACACGGCAAAGUGACAAACGAUGUGCGGACGGCUUGGGCUCGAGCAACCGCAAUGCCCAGUCUAGAAGGUGGUGACGGCGGAGCGGGAGGGGGACCAAGCGAAAUAAUGGUCCCGGUCUUCAGUUUGGAAGCCUUGCACUGGGGUAAAGUGAAAAAAUAUCAACAGCCGCCAUCUUCCCUGUCGUGCCCGAGCCAGAGCGCCCGACUCAAGCAGAUCGUCCUGUUGCAGCUUGACCUUAUUGAACAACAGCAGCAACAACUCCAUCUCAAGGAAAGGGAGAUCGAUGGACUGAAGGCGGAAAAAGAAACGCUUUUGGCUCGACUUGAACGCAUGAAAAGGAGAAUGCAACUGGUGAAAAAAGAGAAUGAGAAAGACAAAUGUAGACUCAUUCCAGCUGUGGAUGGGAUUGAGGAGAAGAAUGCAACAGAAUCAGAGAAAAUUCAUCAUCAGCAGAUGACCCUUGAACAACCCCUGGCAGAGACAGACACCAAUCAGACAGAAAUGUAUUCUGGGAAGGGUUACAAAAGGAAAUCUGUGCUAGGAACAACAGAAAGGAAAGCACCAGUGAAAAAACUUGUGGCUGAAUUCUCAAGAGUGCGGACAAAGUUGGCUAAAUCCCCUCAAUUUCGACAGGCUGCAAGUAGCCCCUUACCUGACAAAGUUUCAAAACGAGAAUUGCGAAGUAAAGAAAUUCCAGAAAAAUAUAAAUCUCAGACUUGGGAGGGCCAUAAAUCUUCAGUGAGUCCAGGUCUUCCAAUCAAUAAAGACCAGUCUGUGUGUAAUGACAUAGAAGAGGAACCGUACCUCUGUACCACUGAGAUGUACCUAUGUCAGUGGAACCAGCGACCACCUUCUUUUCUUCAAGAAGCAUCACCCAAGAAAGAAGAAACUGUAGCAAUACCAUCCUGGAAAAAGCAUUCAGUGGAGCCUCUCAUAGACCUGCAGCCUAAUGAAAUAUUUGAGAAUUUAGAUGACUGUGUUUUCGCAAAGCGACAUGCAAAGCUUGAGCUUGAUGAGAAAAGAAGGAAAAGGUGGGAUAUUCAGCGGAUCAGAGAGCAAAGGCUGUUGCAACGAUUGCAACUGAGAAUGUACAAAAAGAAAGGACUUCAGGAAUCAGAGUCAGAAAUCCUGUCAUUUUUCCCUGAAACAGAUGAUGUGGAAUCUCUGGUGAUUACCCCAUUUUUACCUGUGGUGGCUUUUGGGAGACCUCUUCCAAAAUUAUCACAACAGAACUUUGGAUUGCCCUGGUUGGAUGGGCGUAGCAGGUGCAGGAUAGAAAUACAGAAAAAACAGACACCACAUCGAACAUGCCGCAAAUAGUGCAGAAAUCUGACUUGUAUAAUGCCCAAGUUAUAAACUACUGCAAAUCAGUAUUUUGAAUGCUUCUGGCAUUCAUUUAGAGAACCGUUGAUGCUCUAGAGGACCAUCUGCCUUAGACCUUAUUUGAUGUUUAUUACCAAUAGUAAACUUAUCAACAGUUUAACAGACUUAUUUCUUGCCUUUAUACUUUGUUUCACGAAUUAUUUUCAUGCUUCAUGUGUUGAAUUUGGAUAGUGAAUUCUCGUGUUCUUUUUGCUCAUUUUACCUUGUACAUUUUAAAUCUUGUACAUAAUCUUGACCUUUUAAAAAUAUGUAAAGAGGUUACAAAUAGUCCUGAUUUCAUGGAAAGUUUUUUUUUCAAAUAAUAACUGCUUUGAUAUGUUGACUGGGACAGCUUUGAGGUGGUUUCUAGCAUUAGUUUAUUGAACCUUUAUUUCAAACCUGGUAAUCUGGGGCAGUGUUAACUAAUUCAAAAAUUUGCAUUUCAGUUCUUGCUAAGCUCUGGACAUGGGGUUAGAAAAAAAGUGGAAGAUGUAAUUAUAUUUCUUAUCUUGGGUUAGAUAGUCCUUUCUACGUAGAUCAGCAGAAGCCAUUAAAAGCAGUGUCUGGAUACUGGUGAAAGAAGAAAAACAUAAGGAGAGCAACCAAGAGAGCUGAUCAGAUUUUGGGUUGCCCAAAAUCCAGCUGCAGGUUUAGGAGUCAACAAUGAGAGGAUAUGUUGGGCAGAGGCAGGAAAGAAACAUGGUGAAAUACAGAUCCAUCAUAGUGGUAACAAAAAAGGAUGAAAAAUCUUGCAGUUUUUGGCUUGACUUCACAGAACUGUGGUUCAGUAAAUGAAGCAAUCCUACAGGGUGUUUUGAUUCGUAACAUGCCAAAUAUGUGCUUAAUAAAUUAUGGACCUACCUCUCCGUCUAUUAUUCCAAAUCAGUUAAUUUAGGAAAAUCUAGAAGUAAGCCUUGAAGAAUCCUGAAUAGUUGAAGUUUUGAAAAAAUGUUAUCUUUUGGUGAAUAUAGAAAAUAAAAAUGGCAGUAAC